AUGUCCACCAUGAAGAACAAUUUCAAAGACCCUGACCAUUUAUACUCUUCAUGGAGCUUCUCAAAGCUAAUGGCUUUCUUCUUCCUCUUAAUCUCCAUCUCCUACCUCUUCUACUCCCUCAGAUUCGUCAGCCACUCCUAUGAAUGUGAUCAGCCCCCCCACAUUCCCACCAUCAUUCACCAGCACAUAUCCAACAUCCCACCUCAAGAAGAGUCCCCACCUCAAGAAGAGUUCCCACCCUUUGAAGAAACCAACCUUUCCCACAUAGUCUUCGGCAUAGGGGCCUCAGCCAAGCUUUGGAAGCAGAGAAAAGAGUACAUCAAGAUGUGGUGGAGGCCCAAUGAGAUGCGUGGAGUUGUGUGGCUAGAGCAGAAGGUGAAAACUGAACCUGGUGAUGAGAAUUCCUUGCCCCGGUUGAGGAUCUCUAGUGACACUUCAAAGUUCAAGUAUAAGAAUCCAAAGGGGCAUAGAUCAGCUAUUCGGAUCUCACGCAUAGUGUCCGAGACACUCAGGCUUGGGAUGAAGGAUGUGAGGUGGUUCGUGAUGGGGGAUGAUGACACCGUUUUUGUGACAGAAAAUUUGGUGAAGGUUUUGCAGAAGUAUGACCAUAAUCAGUUCUAUUACAUAGGAAGUUCUUCAGAGAGUCACUUGCAAAAUAUAUACUUUUCAUAUAAUAUGGCUUAUGGGGGUGGUGGAUUUGCAAUUAGUUAUCCUUUGGCUGUGGCAUUGGAGAAAAUGCAGGAUAGGUGCAUUCAGAGGUACCCUGGUUUGUAUGGCUCUGAUGAUAGGAUGCAGGCUUGUAUGGCAGAAUUAGGAGUUCCACUCACCAAGGAGAAAGGGUUUCAUCAGUUCGAUGUGUACGGGAAUCUCUUUGGGCUUCUCGCGGCCCAUCCGGUUACGCCACUGGUGUCCCUCCAUCACUUGGACGUGGUAGAGCCCAUAUUUCCAAACGUGAGCCGGGUGCAGGCCCUGAAGCGGCUGAGCGGGCCCAUGAAGCUGGACCCAGCGGGGCUGAUGCAACAAUCCAUUUGCUACGACAAGGCCCGGACCUGGACCAUAUCCGUUUCAUGGGGAUACGCGGUUCAAAUAUUCCGAGGCAUCUUCUCGGCCCGGGAAAUGGAGAUGCCGGCGAGGACGUUCCUGAACUGGUACAAACGGGCCGAUUACACGGCGUACCCUUUCAACACCCGCCCCGUCAGCCGCCAUGUUUGUCAGAAACCUUUUGUCUAUUUCUUGUCGGAGGCAAUGCACGAUGAGGGUGCCAAUCAAACUUCUAGUAAAUAUAUACGGGUUCAGCAAAACCCUGAUUGCAAGUGGAAAAUGGAGGAUCCAACCCGGAUCAAAUUGGUGGUCGUUCACAAGAAACCCGACCCGCAUUUAUGGGACAAGGCUCCAAGAAGAAAUUGUUGUAGGGUUCGACGUACAAAGAAGAAGGGAACUUUGUUGAUUGAUGUGGGGAAAUGCAGGGAAGAUGAAGUUGUUGAAUUGUCGUUAUCUCGCACAUCAAUUCAUAAUUCUUAA